CCGCUAUGUUUUAUCCAAAUGCUUUGCGGAGGGCGGAGCUGGGCGGAGCUGUGGCAGAAGAGGCGGCGCGACGGAGCAGGAGAAGAUGGCCGAGAAGAUGUUCAGGCGCGGCGCGGCGGGCGAAGAAAAGUUUUGGUGAUGAGCUUGUGGCCACGCUGGACCAGCUGCUGCAGUCCCCCUGCGCCGUCGCCGUGGGUCGCCUGUGUUCUGCUGCUCCGGUGCCGGCACCUGUCCCUGUGCGGUCCGUGCUCAGGAAUUUGGCGAAGAAGGCGACUGCCGUGCUUGCGCGCGAGAAGGGCGUCGGACCUCGUUGGCGCUGCGAAGGGGGCACAGCUCAGGUUGGGUACGCCGUCGGCCAGCGCCGGCGGCGAGCACGCUCCGCUGUGACUUGUCCGCCACAGCCAGUCCUCUCCCGCCUCCCCCGACUCCGUGUCCUUGUCCAACGCAAAUCAAUGGAGCUGCCGACCAGGAUUGUUGCUGGCUUCUAUAAGAAGGGAGGGUCCUCGGCUCGAAUCUCCAUCAGGUCAAUUUUGGACGAAGCAUCCAAUGUCGACACCGAGUUCGCCGCAGGAAGAAGCGCCGAGUUCGCCGGAGGUAGAAGAAGCGCCGAGUUCGCCGAAGGUAGAAGAACAGCCGUCGAGCUGUCCAAUCUCGCCUGCGUUGGCUACAACAGAGGUAUGUAUCCCCUUGACCCCUGUUUUGAGUUAUUUUUUUGUCCCCUGUUUCUCUAUGUACCUUCCAAUAUGGAGUUCAGAGGUAAAGAUAUUGUUGCGAAGUACGUCAGUUUAGAUAUUGUUGCCUUCUUGUGAUUGUAGACACCCAUGUUGUGUUGUUGGUCUGUUGAACGAAGCGCUAGAACUGUCAGCAAUUCCUUCAGAUAGUGUUGUUCUCUGAACAGAGAAAACAAAAUUGGAACAGCUGCUGCGGUGGUUCUCAUCUGGCCUUAGUUCCAGGUACAACAAUAACAAGCUUUGCUUCCUAACUACCUCUGCUCCUAUAGCUAGCUAAAAUUACAGCUGAUACAUGUAUAGGUAUAUUAGCAUAUGUUGUGUCAGGUUAAAAGUCCCGAGAGAUUUUGAACUACUGGUGGAGUGGAGAUGGUAAUUUGUAGUUCCACAUUCUGUGCUAAUACUUCGAUGGAUUGUCUGGUGAUAAGCUAAGUGUGUCUGAAAAUCUUUUCUGUCUGUACAAUUCUCUGUCUACACUCCUCCUUACGGAUCUGAGGUGAAAACAAAGCUGCAGGUAGAGAAAGCAAAGCAUAAUGAUAGGUAGCUUCAUGGUGUUUGUCUUAUAUUCAAACUGCAUUUAGCUUCUAAGAAUAUGAUAUAAUACAUCAGAAAAUAGUACAACGUGCAGGCAUCUCAAAAUUCCACUCCAAAUGAAACACUUAUUCCACUGAGAAAACACUCGCUCCAAAUAACUUUACCAUGGAAUUGUUUGAUCUAUCCUGUGAUGCGUUGGUUCUGAUUCUGCUGCAAUUGAAUUUAUGUUGAGAUCGCGGAAGAAUAUUGUUCUACUUACGGUGAUUAGAUUAUGCAAGUAUAAUGUUCUUUGCACGUCAGAUUUUCCAUGUUGUGAUGAUAACAAAGUAAAUUAUAGGUGCCUUGCAAUGAGAAUCCUCUUAUAUUCAGGCAAGUACUAUUCCUACUUGACUGACGAACAUCAUAUCUGUAGUAUAUCUCUUUGCGCAUUGUUGGUUAUGUCGUAUUACUUCUGUGUUUUUUUACAUAUUUUACCGAUGGUUGUUUGUGUUAGGAACUGAGAUUCGCUAGCUUUCAUAUUCUGCUUUAGUUUUUUAAUACUAAAAGUGCAUGCCCAAUUUUAGUAAAGACUGGAUUUGGUAUUUCCUCCUUCCGUCUACAAAAAUGAUGCUCUGUUUCCCAUGCAAUCAAAUUAUCUCACGGGUGACUGAUAUUGAUUUUCUAACACAACAUUUUCUUGACGACACAACUUUAGUUAGUAGGUUUUGGAAAGGUCACGAAGUAUCACUUAUCUACCAUUUAAACCUCCGACUGUAUGAAUCUCUACAUAACCUCCGUGUUCUCCAUCGUCGAGCGGACGUCUCCAUAUGGUAUGCAUUAAUGGCUGGUGUGGCAAUGACGCCG